GAGAUUUAAAUGUAAUUUAUUAUUCGGCCAAACAAUAGAUUCUUGAUUAAUAGGUACCACAACCGGAAUAAAACGUAAAUUAAAUGUCUGGAAAGAAUAUGAAAGUGUUUGACCAAUGAAAACAAUCGGAAGGAGUCAUUGACAACUCUCUUGACAACCACGCGUAAAGCGCGAGAUUUUUGGUAGAAAUGGCGACAAAAAGUGCAACCAGUGAUGGCCGGUUAGGUCUCCUCGCCAACCCGAAAAGUGUUCCAAGAACAUUUCAGGAGGACAGGCGGUCAGUGUACUGGGUUGAUAGACUACCCCCCACCGCCGGUCCGCACGGAACCACUGAAAUAAGAUAUGUACGACGUACUACCAGCGACACAGAAGCGAUCGCCAGUGCUAGGGUACAGGAAUUGUCCAAGCACCGUACACCAAAUCAACAUGGUUGGCGAGGGGACAGGCCAACUCCUAUCUGGGGGGUCAGUGAGGGGGCGCAGAAAGUGGAGGCGGGCCCCCGCUUGGUGUCCCUCAGCCAACACAAAGAACCCCACCCUCAGUAUCUGUUUGAUAGGACUGCCUAUAUGACAAUGCCACUCAUUCAAGUGAACGAAGGAGCAAAGAAAGCUAACCCCUCAGAAAGGUUAGAUGUUUUGUCCAAGCCAAGGGAUAGGAGAGAUCGCGAUAAAUUUGGGUUCAUCACCUUGGAAACCUCCUGGGGCCAGUACAACCCAGUUCCCCCAGCUGCCAAAUCUGCGCAGUGCACACCCCAUGUAGAAGCAUUGGCUGAGCCCAAGAAAUAUCAUCCCCGAUUUGCAGGAGAAAAACCCGUUCAGUGGGAUGUGAACGAGAGUGCACUCAAGGCCAUAGCCAACCUGAGGCUACAACAGUUGUCCAGACCCCGAAGUCGCACCAUGAUUAAGGAUGAUUACGACCCGUACAGAGUGACACUGGCCGCCAGACGAGCUCACGCCACCCCCAGGAUAGACGAACUUUGUGUACCCAUCCCAAGAAAAGUUCGGCCUAAGAAAGUUGCGUAGACGGGACAGCUAAAUGUUUUAGUUAAAUCAGACUCAGUUUUUUCAUCAUUGUUUACCAUAAUUAAUUCUGCUGACUGGUUUUUGUUUUUGUUUUUGUUUUUAUAAAUUGGUUAUAUACCCGAAGUUAUUGAAAGAUGUAAAGCAUUUAGUAUUACGGUAAAUGCUCAAGAUUUAAUUAAGGAACAGUUAUGUCUUAAGUUUUUUGUUAUUACGUGUCGUUUCUGUGACUCUUGUGUCAUCUAUAUGUUUACCUGCCGACAUGUCAAUUUCACAGUAUUGUUGAUUGAUGCUGAUUCAGCAUUUUGAUACCAUAUUUGAAAUGGUCUGUGAUAUUUAUUGUGAGUAUUUUAGUCCCUUGAAGAAUAUUAUCUUCAUUUUUUUGUUUGAAAGCAAAACAUCAGUAUUACAUGUAUGUUUGUGAUUGCAUAUUAUAUUUUUUUUUUGUUUUGACUUUUAAAAGAAUUAUUUAUAUAAAGCUUACCACUCCUCCCCUUCUUGCCGUAUAUUUUUUCUUAGCUGCAAAAGUCUAUCAGUUGCUGAUAAUUUUACUAUUUAAUCUAGUUGUAGAAAUACAACUGUGGAUUAAUCACAAGUAGCUUAAGGUUACCUUUUUAUCUUAUAUAAUUGGGAUCACCACUUUUAGUUCCCAUGUAAUCCUAUAAAUUUCAGCCGGUUUCUGUUCAGAUUGCUUUUUACAUAUUUAGAGGUGAUGUGUCAAACUUUUUUUGUCCACUUUCAAGAACAAGUAUUUAAAAGGUGCAAUUUUUAAAAAUGUAAUAUGCACCUAUGUAUGCCAAUAUCAAUUUUGAUUGGAUUCUGGAGUUGGGCAUUGUAUCAGUAUUAUUAUUAUUAUUCUAGACUUUAUUUUAAUACAGUAGGGGUUUAUUAUAGUAUUUAAUAGGUGGGCUAUAGAGAUACAUUAGCAUGAGUAUUUAUAAUUGUCUUGGAACAAAUAAAUUAGAAAUUAGGGACUGCCUUAAAAAGGUUAUUGCUGGUAUUUUGCAUAAUCUUAAACAGUAUUGAUAAAAUUUGUAUUAUUGUGUAGUGGUUUCAGAUCAGUAUUAAAGUAUGUAGGCAUUG